AUGCUUCAGUGGAAGUCCGUUCUCGGCCUGGCCCUCUGGCUUGUCGCGUUCUUUGGGCCUGGCCUGGUGAACGCUGGCCAUGCCCUGUGGGAGUCCUCUCACGCGAAGAUCAAGCAUGCCGUGCCGAUCAGUGUCGAUUCCCAAGUGGUCACUACUUGGCCUCUAGGCGAAGUUAGAUACUGCUGGGCAAGUCAGACUGAGAGGGAUCGCUUCGAGCGCAUCCUGAGAUCUGCUAUCAACGUGUGGUAUGCUGCCGGCCUGCCCGAACAACGAUUUACAUUCACCCAGAUCUCCCAGGCCGAAUGCACGCGAAGCCGGCGCGACUCGCUCCUCGUUAUCAUGGCGGAAAGUCCGUAUGAGUUCGCAACGAGCGUCGGGAAAUACGUGCCCGAGGCCGGCGACUUCAACCAUGGACCUAUCAUGAUCAUCCCCAACGCUUAUGACGAGCAGUUUGGAUGGGGGGCUCCAGGAGGAAGUUCCCGCCAGGAGAAAUUCAUGCAUGCAAUCGGACACAUCCUCGGCCUAUACCAUGAACAUCAGCUCCCUUGGUUUUGGGAAUCCAAUCAGUUCGAGCUGAACUGCCAAAACCUGUACGGCUACGAGGAUGCCCUCUUGCGCGCCCCGCGGGGAAUUCCCCUCUUCGAUAAAGAGAGAGGCAUCUGUGGUAACCGCCGGGCUGCGAUGGAGGCGGGAUUCAAGGUGGCUGCUCAAAUUCUCCCAAUGACCGACGAACCGGAACUGGCGCAUCUCCAUCAUCCAAACCGUGCUGCCACGGCCUACGAUGUGGAUUGGGAUUCCAUUAUGAUGUACAACAGCCGGUCGGGCGUCAGACAGGGCUUGCGUGGUCUUGGUCUAAAGACAACUCGCCACAUGAACGGCCGCAUCAGCGUCAAUCAUCAGCCGACCCUGAAAGAUGUCCAGGCGCUCAUCCAGCUCUACGACGCCGCCGUGGAUAAAGCCUUCGAGCGACUCUAUCUCGAUCCUCGCAGCGAGCAUUACGUCACCUUCCAGCGGAUUAAGCAGGCCGGGUCUUGUAACAGGCAGCUGAAGAAAUAG